UGGUAAUGCGAAAAAACCUUUUGCUUAAUGUGCUGUAGCUGUCCGUGAAAGCAUGCUUCUUUGCUCUCUGGUAAAACAUUUCAUCCGCUUCCAAACCAUUUGGGUCAUAUUUUGGAAAUUGGAAUGUUUCAUUUGCAGUGGAUUGGCGGGGACGGAUAGGAAUUUCAGUGCGUGAGCUAUGAUUUAGCUUGGUCAAGCCACAGCCAGGAGUCCAUGAUGAGCAGUAAGCAGGUACGGAGCUUCAUGGACCCUCUAGUCCAAAGUAAGAUGGAAGUAACAGUGGGCACAGUAGUCACUGCGGGACUCCCCAAAGAAGACAGCCUAGCCCGGUAUACCCACGACAAAGCUCUACCAAACAGCAGGACCUAUUUCUCUUACUCUGUCAGCGGACAAGAUGCCCUUGACUUUCCCUCUCCAUGGGGCCCUUCUAAGACCUGCGUAAAAAAUGGAUCGAGCCCAGGGAUUCAUUCAUCAGCCAUUUAUAGACCUGAAAAUAUGUCUUUCCCUGUGGAUGGUGGCCACUCUGCUGUACAGCAUGAGUUGGCAACAAAGGAAAGGUUGGCCUGUUAUGCCAGUAGUCCUAGACGACACAGUCCCAGAGCUGCUGGAGUCAUCUCACCAGUGGCUGUUUCCAAGCAUCACAUUGGAGGGUCCGGCAUAUCCUCCACAGCUGCAGAAAACUGUGUUGGGUUGGCUAUUCCAAGACCUGUGUAUGGUCAUAGCCCCUGCUGCGCUGAGCGUGGAUGUAAUGCAGGCCAUAACUAUGGCGUCGAACAUGGGCCACAAAGAAUGUCUCCUCAUAUGUAUGAAGAUGAAUGGGCUGCACAUUUCAGUCAUCUGGCUUACCUGCAUAAAAAGGGCCAGGAUGCAUUGGCACCGCAGAGGGUGUUGCAUUUGGCGCAUGGCACUGAGGGAGUACCUUUAAAGGAUAGAAAGACAGAGGGUUACCAAAUUAUCAGAUCAGAAGGACCCAGGAGGUCACUUCCUUUAAUGGAGCCAAGUCAUAGUAGCUAUACCUAUAACACUACAUAUCCAUAUAUUGGUUCCACAUCAGAGUACUGCCAGCAUUCCUCAAUAUACCCACAAAUAUACAAGGGUCUUCCCCCUGCUUAUGAGACAGGGAAAUUGAUGCACUGUGGUGUUCCUUCAAAGGUAUGUCAGGAUCAUUCUCAUGUUUCUAAAUGCACACCAAUGCCUCCAUGUCCCAUCAUCGAUUACCAUCAGAAUGGUACUGAGGCUUACAGAGCUGAUCCCAAUGUUUUUACAGACAAGCAGACUCGGCAUGGUCAUAUAUGUCAGAUACAUUCUCCACUGCCUGAUUCGUACAAUAUGUCAAAUUCCUGCUCUGCUGUCCGUCCAUGUCAUCCACUGAUCACAAACUUUCCCACUUAUCAUCCAUAUGGAGUGCAUUUAAAUAGUAACUCAGCAUUCUUGCACGAGAGGCCAUGUCCACCUUUCUCCACGCAUCAGUCAGAGCGACCUCUUGAUUUCUCUAAACGAAGGGUGCAGACACCUGACUCCCCUCGGGAGCUUUGUCUACAGUCUGGAACUUCUGGGGCUUUCCAACCCACACCGGCCCACUACAGACGUCUCAAUAACACAGCUGCCGAGAGGCCUAGCCGUGAGCACUUGGAGAUAGCUGGAAAUGGCUUACUUGUAGACGGUGGCAUAGAAUUUGGCAAUAUUCUCAUGUCUCAUGGGCAUUGUGUAGCUGAUCCACCCAACAGUGUUUCACCAUCUAAAAGACACCGAGAGGAAUGUGAAAACAUUAGUGAAUCUGACAUACCCAGGAAAAAAAAUAAUACGGAUACAACCCAUGAGCAGCCAGAUGAGCCUCAGUCACCGUCCUCCCCACCAAUGCCAGUUAUUAAUAAAGUUUUUAGCUUAGCUCCUUAUAAAAUCUAUUUUGAAGCUUCAGGCAUGUUGCCUCCACCAGGUGGCUCAAAAAGUCCAAAGCCACAGCCUGAGGCUGCACGACUUGAACAAGAGCCAGAAAUUAAAAACAGUGAUGUAGAGUAUAAUUCUGGUGAAAAUGUGCUCAGUUUGAAACUUGAAGCUCAAACGUCACCAGCUAACAGUAACAGUCCAAUUGAAACACCAGAGACUGUGAAGAUCAAAACAGAAAAACUGGAUCCAGAUGAGUCAGAAAUGAAAGUGAGCAUCACUGAGGAGGUGAAUCAUCAGGAUCACAUUUCUGUGGUCAAAGAAGAGCAAGGGGAGUUGAACUCAAGUAUAUCUGGCUCUGUGCCUUGCAACGUUGUGAUAAAGAGUGACUUUGAAGAAGAAAGCAAUCCACCCUUAGUUGAAAAGUCAGAAUGUCCAGCCACAUACAAGUCAAAUCAAGCUGUGAAGGACAAUGUGGAAUCUGUUCCAGUUCCUUUGCUGCCCUCAAGACCUCCAGUGCCACCUUUAUUGACCAAAUUCUCCCUCAGUAAAAUCCCCCCACAUUGCCUUAAAUUGUCAAAUUAUAAGAUCGUCAUCCCUGAGGUCCUAAAAGCGCCAGAAACCCAAUCUGUUGAGGUUCCUCAGUUUCCUGUGGAGGCAAAGCCUAUCAUAAGUAGCAGCAAACAUGCCCGUCAUCAGUUUAUGGAGCUUCAUCAGUCCCUCUGUAGACUCUUAUAUAACUGUGUUACUCAAACCUCAUGUCAAGAGCUUAAGGACUGGUUAUCCAAACAGGACCUUCGAGAAUCAGUCUCUAAUCCAAGCAAAACUCGAAGAGUCUCUUGCCUUUUAGGGUCCAGAAUGAGGGCGAUAUGGCUAAAAGGUGAAGAUAUGGUGAUGGCUCUAAGGAAGGUUGUUGGCCAGCUUCAGAAGUACAUUGAAAGCUGUGAAUGUCCUUUUCCUCAUGUAAUGAGGGCAGGUGCAGUGUUCAUUCCCAUGUUGGUGGUGAAAGAGGUGCUGUUUCCUCAGGUUCAGGGCACACUCAUAGACCAGGUCCUCCUGGAGCAUCGGGUGGAACUCAGGCCCACCACCCUGUCAGAGGAGAGACAACUGACUCAACUCCACCGAAAGGCUUUUUCUUCUAAACUCCGGAGGCUUCUGUCCCUUAAACAUCUGCCAGAUAUCUACCCUGAUGUUCUCAACCUUCUCUACCAUGCCAAUGUCUGCAAGUUCCUUGGAGCAGAAACCAGCUUAACGUACAAGAGAGAGAGCACAGACAGCUCAGAUGAAUCUAGCAGUUGUGUGAAUUGCUCAGAAGGAUCCUCAAGACCACUCACACCAGAAACCACUACAAGUGUGAAGAAGCUUAAUACAUAUUGUCUAAAGAAAAAGAAAGGCAGGGUAAAGAUUUCUUCUAAGAGGACAUUCUUGGCUGAUUCCAGUUCAUCACAAGAGGAAGAUUUCACUGAGGAACCAGAGAGAUGGAGCAUUGUCAAUUCCUGCGAUACUCAAGAAUGGGAAGUACCUCCUGUGGCUUGCAAUGAGAGAGAAGUGCAUGUGGAGGUAAAGAUUGAAGACGAAACCCAGCAAGAGCUUGAAAAUUCUUCCUGGGGACGACCGUUGACCUCCGAUGACCUCUCCUCAGAGAGCAGUGAUGAAGAGAUGGCGAGCACUCCUUCGCUGUCCUAUCGAAAUCAGACAUCGAGCUCCACAGAAUCUCAGGGUGUGCCUAAGGGCCCCUCCAGCAUGGUCAUCAAGCUUAGAAAGGUCUUCUACAAUGAGGGCCAUAGGGGCAGAGUUACUCGUUACCAGAAGGUCACGGAUUCUUUGGAUGAUCAAGGAAAGUUGCGUGGACAUGACAGAUUCAGAAGUGUUGGCCAUGGCCUUUACAGGAAAAAGAAGCACAAAUCAUCCAGGCACAAAAGACACCACACUUACAGGGAGGUCACUUCAUGCAUAUACAGUUCAUACUCUCAAAACCGUCCCUACCUCUCCAAAAAACAUAGUUCCAAGCGCAGAUGGGUUUUGCGCUGUGCUGUGCAGUCUGCCCAUUUGGCCAUGGAGAACAGAUAUCCUGACCUAGUGGGGAAGAGGAUCCGCCACUUGUACGAGGAAAAUGACAAAACAGAAGUGUGGUACAUAGGAGUGGUGGUACGUAUCCACGAGCCACAUACUAACCCACUGAAAACUGUGUUUGAGGUCAAAUAUGAUAGUGAGCCAGAGUGGCAGUACUACCUUGAGCUGCUUUUAGAUUAUAAGAAAGGAUGGCUGAAAGUGGAGGACUGAAUCUUGAUGGUGAUGCCUACGUCUUUGUUUAGAUGCUAAUAAAGAGAUAUUUCUCUCAAAAUUGAACAUUGUCAUUGUUUACUCACUUUCAUGUUGUUCCAAACCUGGGUUGUUGUUUUUAUUUUAUUUUAUUUUUAAAAAUGUUUUACUUGAUAGUCCAGGUCUUCACUGAUUUUCAUUAUGGAAGAUUGGCCAAGAAAUUCAUUAAAAAUAAAUAUAUUUUGUGUUCCACAGAAGCAAGAAAGUCAAGUUUGGAACAAGAGAAAGUAAUUACAGGACUUUAAUUUUUGGGCGAACUAUAACUUUAAGGUAUUAACGUCUUUUGUGAGAGUCUGUUUCUGUUUUUUUGCUCCCAAGACCUAUUAAUUUGAAAAUGUGAAUACAAAUGUUAUCUUCAUUGAAUUUGUAAGUCUUCAAUUAUUAUUUGCAACCAAACAGCUUAACUAAUUUUACUUGACAUCCUGUCUAAGAUGUGUGUGAACUGAUUUAACCCUUUUUAAAAUGAAAACAUGUUGGCAAAUGUUUAUGGCAGGGAUCAUGUUCAUCAUAUAGUUUACACAUUCCAAGUAAUCCACAUUCCAGUUGAGUGAUUGGGAUCAAAGGGAACGCUGUAAAGCAAGAUGUUUUACUGUUUACAGAAUUAUCUUUUUAUAGUUGCUGCUGUCAUGAGUUUUAUGAUGUUUGUCUUCCUGUUUUUUAUCACCACAUUUAACAAUUACCUGGCUCAUUGUUUAAAUUUGUCAAGUGCCUUUGUUAUCUAUAAAGCAGAAGAUGAAAUGUAAUAUCCUCUAAUGGAUGUGUGAGAUUAAUAGAAA